AUGCCAUUCUCUAAAAUUCUGGGGCUACAAGCGGACAGAUGGAAUAAUCCCGAAGACUCCAUAGGUCCAUUCGUCGGAUACUUGCAUGAUGGCCGGUAUCGCUGUUGGGAAGCAACUGGUCCAGCUCGUCAGGCAUUCAGGCAACUGAGCCCUGAUGUCAAAGAUUGCCUUGAGACUUCCAGCAUUCCUCCUGCCGAUAUCGUAUCGUGGUCUAUCUAUAUGGUUGGCCAUAACGAACAUACCGCAGCACCAAAGCUUCUCAUUUGCUCCACAGACUUGAAAACGCGCAAGUACAUUAGGAAAUUGAUCAAAGAUAGUAAGAUUAUGGACAAACACCCUGGCAUAGGACUUGGGGACGUUUCGGCACUGCCCGACCGCCAUGUUAUAAGAGAGCUAUCUCGAGAGGCAAUAGAGGCUCUCCUCCCUCUUGGCUGUGAUAUCGAUGGAACAGUCUUAGCCGACGGAUCAGAACCUGCGGUGGGAAAGCGAAUAUUCGUCGUUAACCCUAACGAUUUCUCCUUACGACCAGCCACAACCGGUCCAAUCAUCCUACAAGAUGGCAAAUGCUACCAGCUUACUGUUGCACACGCAUUCCGGCACACCAGGGAGCCCGACCAUUUAUCCAGCCAGCAAAUAGCUGAAGAAGACUGUGAUUUUGAUGGCAUGAGUGACGUUGAGAGGGACGAUGAAGUCCAGUAUGACGAGACGACAAGCAGAGGAAGUGUCACCCCAGGAAAGACUGAUUCCGACAAAGCAUCAUUCGUUGCCAGCCUCGAUACUUUUUCUGGUGGGAAACACUUGAGUUCAAGAUCCGAAAGCCCUUCAAGCGAUCAUCUGAGCAGUGUACAUGAUUCACUUCUGAGUGUCGAGUCCACCGAGGACAGUCUGAAAUUCGGCGAGCUUGAUGUGUCUCAGCUUCAAUUUUUUGGGAGAUUGAUCUUCAGCUCCCUGGCAGGAACUAGUCCAUCGCUGGACUACGCUCUCAUCGAGACCUCAAGGACGGUAGAAAAUCUUGAGAAAUCAUCCUGGAUCACAGGCUCUCUGGUGUCGGCUAUUGGGGAGAUAGGGUUAGAUGACAUCAGCAUCGUUGCUACGACUUCGCCACAUUGCUUAGUCGAAGGCCAACUCACCGCUACACCAUCCUAUAUUCGACUUCCUGGGCAACUCACCUUUCAACGAGUCUACCCAGUACGACUGGGUAAGCCUCUACAUGACGGAGAUUGCGGAACCGCAGUUUUCGGUAAAUUCGAUGACCGUUUAUAUGGUCAUGUAGUUGCUGGUGGCCCUGGGACCAGCAUCGCUUAUCUUGUUCCAGCUGGAGAAAUUUCCAGAGAUAUUCAGGCUCGCCUUGGCUUUGACCUCGUGUGGAUGCCGCAGCAAGAUGAACAACCAAUGGCUGAAGUUGUUGACCUUGGAUCCGGUCUUACGUUGGCGACAUCCGCCCGUCAAUCUAUCGCCAAGGUUCAAGAGGCCGUUCAAAGUUUUCGAUGCCUCCCACGUCAGGUCAGGGAACUCCUUUCGGAGUUGGCAGAGUUAAGUACAAUACUUCAAGAACUCUCCCAGGCACUUGGCAGCGAUGUUGAAGUGGACCUUUCGGCCCUCAAAGCUACGUUGGAGCAAUGCACUCGUUCAUGUGAGGAAUUUGAGCGAGAGCUGAGAGCCUGCAAUUCGCGGUCUAGUCAAGAUCGAGCUAGUCUUCGGGAAUGGGCCAAGCUCACAUACCGGGGCGGCGACGGAAUUGAAGGCUUUAGACAGCAGCUCAUUGGCUACAAAUCCACCAUUGUUGUCGUUCUUGGCUUUGCGAAUCUCCGUACGUCUACUAUCACCGUCGAAGCCAUUCGAUCUUGCCGAGGAUUGAUCGAGACAACAACUAUUGAUCUAGAGGCACAUCUAGCAGAGGUGAAGCAGAAACUCGAUGCUCUUGCUUACCGGGCCCUCUCCAAUCCUGAAUCAGACGAAGCGACGACUCAAUACAUAGAAAACGAGCGUCUUAGUACCGAAAAGGGCCUUCAGCUUUGCCUUGAGCUUUCCCAGCAUAUUGAUCAGAUUCAGCUUCAAUAUACUGUAGGAGAGGGACACACGCCUAGCCUUCUGGGUCCGCACCCAACUUCGAAAAGGCUUGUCAGCGAGGGGCUCGGUGGCUGCGACGAUACUAUUCAGUUUAUGGUCUCGACAGAUGGCAAACCACUGAAUGGAAAGAACCACGGCGUCGGCUCGAGACUCAAGCAAGCUGGAGGGCAUUUUAAAGAACAAUCUCCUCAGCAGAUCUCCCAAGACUUCACCACAAUCAGCUUGCAUCAAACAGGAGGCAACAAGCCAGCUAGAAGAACUCCUUCGCCAGCAGCUAACUCAGAAGCUACAAUGUUACACGGAUAG